AUGGUGAGAGGCACCGCCUUGCCCCGCUGCUGCAGCAGCCAGAACCCAGCCUCAGCUGAGCAGUGUCCCAACAACCCACCUCACAUUGAGGACGCCGUGCUCAGCUUCAAGAGCCUGACAGCAGAGCUGAGGAAGGAUGCAAGGAGGACACAGGCCUUCCCCGGACACGUGAAACACCUGAAGAAGUCUCAGCCAGACCAGGGCUUCAGCCUGCUGCAGGAGCCAGAUGCAACCCCAGCGUGCGGUGAUGGUGAAGAGGAAGACCCUGUGGUCCUGUCUUUCAGAAUAAACGCGGCAAACUCCUUGCUGGAAGCGCAGGUGGAAGGCCGUCCUGACUGGCUCUUGGUGUGCCAUGAGCGCUGGAGUCUCUCCCUGGGCACCCUGCUCUGCCGACAGCUCGGGUACCUCAGAAUGACCCAUGAGAAAGGAGUCAACCUGACGGACGUCAGGGUGAAGGACAUGCAGGAGUUCGUUCAGGUGAGACCUCACCAGGAAGGCAGCCUGGAAGACAUGUGGCAGGUCAGGAGCAGCUGUGAAUCGGGUCGAAUUGUGGCUCUGAAAUGCACAGAGUGCGGGCUGCGCCCUGGCGCUGCACGGGUGGUCGGGGGGACGGAGGUGCCCCUGGGGCGCUGGCCCUGGCAGGUCAGUGUGUACCAUGGUGCCCAGCACCGCUGCGGAGGCUCGGUGCUGGCACGUGAAUGGAUCGUCACGGCGGCUCACUGCGUGCACAGUUACAGGCGGCUUCCGACCUCCGCCUGGCUGGUUUUCGCAGGUGUCAUCACCCACAGCUUGAUCAAGCAAGAGGCUGGGGUAUCAGUGAAGAAAAUAAUUUACCACCCGCUUUAUAAUGACAACAGCCUCGACUAUGACAUUGCUCUGAUGAAGCUCCAAGUCCCCCUGAAUUUUUCAGAUGCCAUCCGUGCUGUGUGUCUGCCACCCUCCCACCAGGACCUCUUCCAGGGCGCGCAGUGUUGGGUCUCCGGCUGGGGCUAUACCAGACCAGACCAAGCGCAGGUCACCGAGACACUGCAGGAAGCACCCGUUCCCUUAAUCGGUACCAAGAGGUGCAAUAGCUCGUGCAUGUACGCGGGUGAGCUCACCGCCAGGAUGCUGUGUGCCGGCUACCUGCGUGGCAAAAUAGAUGCGUGCCAGGGUGACAGCGGGGGCCCCCUGGUUUGCCAGGAUGAACUCGUGUGGCGCUUAGUGGGCAUCGUGAGCUGGGGACAAGGCUGUGCUGAACCCAACCACCCUGGGGUUUACACCAACGUGGCUCAGCUGCUGCCGUGGAUUUACGCCACCACUGAGAUCUACUAG